UUCAAAGAUUGUCGUUUUUGCAAACUUUCUGACUCCUGCGCUGUGUCGCUCAGACUCUCCUUCUGAGUCUCUCAUGUUGGCCCAGUCCCGCCCAGCCUCACACAGUCCCACGGUUGCGCGCUUCCAACUCACUCCGGUAAGCCUCUCUCUCUCUCUCUCUCUCUCUCUCUGUUGGCUCAGUCCCGCCCAGCCUCCCACAGUCCCACGGUUGCGCGCUUCCAACUCACUCCGGAGCUAUAAGUGAUACGCAAAUGUCGUUGAGGCGAUUCUUUGGGUUCUCAGAUGGUGAGCUGUGUAGAUCAGACGCCAAACCUUGUUCCAGAUUGAUGAGACAUACUGCUGGAAUUUUCAGUGUUGGUGGAGGAUUGGGAUUCUGGGUUCUUUGCAGAUUGCAUUAUGGUCCUAGAAUUACAGUUCCUAGGAGUUUCCGGUGGGCGGCUUGCGGGGCAAUAUCGGUAGGCUCAACCUCUGCUUUGCUGGUACGUUUAUUUAGUCCCGAGUGUGAACCACAGAACAUAGCUGCUUAUGACAAGCCAAAGCAAUCUUAGAUUGUUUUUUAGUUGUUGCCAUUCAUGAAUGAGUUGUUUAGUAUCUUAGAGACCAUAUGCGUUGUAUAAGCUAAGUUUGCCUUGAAAAUGAAUGUGCCUUGGAAUAUUUUUCUGCCUAGAAGUUUGGUCGUUUUCUAGUUGAGUGGUCAUAUAAUUGAGAGUUUAAUUCCUUAAGGCAGACUACUUGGUGAACAACUGGUGUUUCAUGCUUCCCAAAAGAAUAAAGGACAUUAGAAGUGUCGGGUACCGCAA